AUGAUUUUGAUCCUUGUCAAGGGGACAAUCCUUGCCUUUCUGACUGCACUUGGCACUGUGGGGAACAUCAUCAUUUUUGUAAGUCACACACACAUGUUUUGGGGCACUGAGAAGAAAUCCAUGCACCUUAUUCUGAUCCAUUUGGCCUUCACAAAUAUCAUAAUGCUUCUAUUUAAAGGCAUUCCAAGGACAAUAGCAGCUUUUGGAGUGAGAAACUUCCUCGAUGACAUAGGUUGUAAAGUCGUGUGUUACCUGGAGAGAGUGGCCAGGGCUCUCUCCGUCUGCACCAGCAGUCUCCUCACUGUGGUCCAGGCUGUCACCAUGAGCCCCAGUCAUUCCAGGUGGAGGAGGCUCCAACCCAAGUCUGCAUGGCUGAUUGUUACUGUAUUUCCCUUUCUUUGGAUAUUUAGUUUUUUGACAAACAUAAAUUUACUCCUUUACAUCACGAGUGUAAACACAUCACAAGUUACCACAAGUGAGUACUAUUGUUAUUUUCAGCCAGAAAAUCAGAAGGUAAGAUGGAGCAUUCUCAGUGCGAUGGUUUUUCGGGACGCUCUAUCUCAGGGCGUCAUGUGCGGUGCAAGCGGCUACAUGGUGUUUCUUCUCCAUCAGCAUCACCAACGUGUUCUCCAGCUGCGGAGCUCCAAGUUCUUCUACAAAACUCCUGCUGAGAUCCAAGCUGCCCAAAGUGUUCUCUUUCUGAUGCUCUGUUUCCUCCUCUUUUAUUGGGCAGAUUGUGUUUUUUCUCUACUUCUGAAUUCCUUCUUGCAGAAUAAUCUCAUAUUAAAUGCUCGAGAAUUUUUCACACUUGGUUAUGCAAUUCUCAGUCCAUUUGUACUGAUUCACAGAGAUGGACAUAUUUCUGAAUGUUACUCUACUCAUGGUAAGAGAACUUUGAGAAGAUAUUUUUUCCCUGUAUCUUUUCAGUAA